AUGUCUACGAACUUACAGCCUCCACCGCCCGAGGGUUACGCUUUAUGGAUUUAUUGCCUAUUAUUGUUUAACAACAUUAUUGGAAGGAGCACGGCUCUCCUCCGCGAGUUGGCUAUCCCAGGCGUGGGCUACGUUAACGGGUCAUGGCCGGACGCCCCCUCAUUAGCAACUGCUUCUAAUGCUGCGUCGGCCUCAGCAGCUGCUGGAACGGAAGACCAGACAAACGACACCCUAUCCACCCCGCUCUGCGCUACUGUACGGGUGGUUCUCCUGCCGCCGCCGCCUUCGCCGCCACCGCUUCUGCCGCCAGCAACAAGUGACGCUGCCGACGCGGUCGCUUCCCUCACCACUGGCCCUACACUACAAGCAGUAGCCGCAUGUGACAUCAGCAGCGCCGCACGAAACCUUACCUGCAGCAGCAGCCGUAGCAGCAACAACAACAACAACAUCGGGAAUAGCAGCAGCAAUAACAACAGCAAAAACACAACAACGAAAACAGCAUACCAGCUGGAGGUCAAUUUCCAGGCCUGUGAUGAAGGACCCACGGGUCAGGGCGGCGGAAACGACGGUGCUGUAGCUCACGCCUUUGUUUGUCGCGUCCCGGCACCCGCUAGACCGUCUCCAGCCCCAUCACCAUCGCCAUCACCAUCACCACCGCAAUCCGCUCCGCCGCCGCCGCCACCUACAGCCAAGUCUCUGACAAGGCCGGCGUCGGAGCAUCCGCCGGAACACCCUCCACCGCAGCUGCCGCUACCAGGCCUCUCCAACAUCAACCCCAAGACACACACCACAGAAACGGCGCCUUCGGAGCCCCCACUGCCCCCACUGGGCCCAGGUCCUGAAAACACUUCCUCAUCGCCGCCAGCGCGAGCGCGCCGCCGAACCAUCCUGGCGGCGUCAUGGGGGCCCCGCGGAAGCAGCCACACGGCCGGAAGCCGUCGCCGGGCUUUGUCGAUUCUCACGGGCUCACUGGGAGUGACCACCGUGACGCUGGACGGGACGUCGGUAACGCCACCACCGGUACCGCUGCGGUCAGAAGGUUUCCCGCGUCCUGCUUUCCCUCCGCCGUCACCGCUACCACCAUCGCCUUCACCGCCUCUUCCGCCGCCGCCGAGGGGUCCCUCGCCUCCGUCGCCGCCAUGGGGAACCGCCGAGAGCGCAAUUAACACAAGUACGGCUUUGUCAGCAGAGCUUGUAAGACCCAAAUGCGAUUCGGAAGUGCUCACUGUUGGCGGCGUCACGCUGCGCUACCUGGCCUGCCACACCGCGGCAAGUUGGGCGGUAUCGGCGGAGCUGUGUGCGGACUUGGCGCCGCGGGGCACCCUCGCCGCCUUUGAAUCCCAGGCACAACUAGACGCCGUGUCCAGAGCCUUUGGCGCCAAGGACCUCGGCGGAAUGUACGACUUUUGGUUUGGCUUGGCAUCGGGCGUCGUGAGCCCCCCGGAGCAGCAACCCGCGAGCCCGAGUCCAGAGGGCGGUAAACCGCCUCUGGAGUACGUCCUGACUGACCCACGGGUCGUGCCCGAUUUUCCGGCGCGGCUCUGGGCUAGCGGUGCGCUUGGUGUGGACAGCACCUGCAGGGCGGAGCCCGACCCGCCGGAGCCGCCCGGAUCGCCACCGGCUGCCCCAAGCCCUGGGGUUCCUUUAGACGUCGCGUUUGUUCAAGCGGAGUCGCCUCCGAGUGCCUCUGACACUGCUCCUCCGCGGCCAUCAUCACCUCAGUCGCCUAACCUCAAGCCAACCACGCCCAUCGCCUUAGCCUUGCCUCGCCCCAGCGGCUGCUGCGCCAGCCUCACCAUCUUGCCAGCCGCCGCCGACCCUGCCAUUGCUGCCAACACCACCACCGUGACCGUCCCGGGCGCAGCUGCUGCUGCUGCUGCUGCAGGCUACAGCACACCUGCACCCCCGGGUGACGCCGGCCCGCUACUGCUGCUACGCGCCUGCCACCACAAGAUCAAGUUUGUGUGCCAGGUGCCGGUGGAAGCGACCGGCAUAGAGGUUUCCCCGGGGCCUCUCGGGUCGGCCACGGGCGGCGGCGCAACCACGUUGAUCGCUAGCCUCUUUCUGGACGCUGUGGAGCCCAGUUACAAGGGAGCAUACCGAGUGUUUCGAGCCCAAGUGGAGUUGCGGCUUGUCGGAGCGUCGUACAGUCGGUUUUCUGGGGAUGGCGGAGGAGCCCUCCUGGAAGACUUUCGAAACGAGACUGAGCGCCAGCUGGCCCUGGCCACGCGACUACCCGUCUGGAGCUUUGAAGUUUUAGGCCUCCGCAGCGGCUCAGUGGUGGCAGAAGUGAACCUCACAGCGCGGGGUCUGCCCAGAGCCACUCUGGCCAACUUUUCUGAGUUCGUGACUGCCUCUCUCGCGGUCAGACGGCCCCAGGAGUUGUUUAGCAACGACUUCAUCCAGACCUGGACCAUACAGGUGGACCGCGUGCGCGAUGAGAAGCACGAGCACCAGGCGAACAUAGCAUGA